AUGACAUUGACGGCGAGGCUAAUCCCUCGUCUCUUCCUCUCAACAAGCCGACUUGGAAGACUCCGCCACAAUUUACCAUCAGCGUCCCUGCCGCCGUUCCGCCAAGCAACAAGCCAAAGAGGCAUCUACUAUACAAGCGCCCCUCUGCCUCCCAUAAACAACAGCAGCAACAACAACAACAAUAACAACACCUAUAACAACCCCGUCCCCAUCGUCCAGCGCAACCCGCGUAUUAUCGUCGGCGUGACCGGCGCAACAGGCACCAUCUUCGCGGCACAGGCCACGCUCAAGUACGAGAUGGACGGCAGCAACAGCAUCACGCCGGUACAGCUAGCCUCAUUCGCGACAUGCCACUACGCGAUCCGGGACCUGUCGGCGCCGCCCGCGAGCGGCUCCUUCUAG